AUGAUGCAACCGGCUCGGUCACCGUAUACGCAAAUGCAUUCCGUGACCUACGCAUCGAUGCCCGAUUCUCUUCUCAAGCGCGGUGGGUAUCGAGUCGACGACAGCGGAGCGUUCGCGACGGUGAAGUCGUCGGACACCGACAUACGACAGGUGACCAAGAAGGUUCGUCCGUCCAACGUCGCACGAGACGAUCUUACCGGCAACAAGGAAGUGCUGAUUCUGGCCUACACAAACAGGAAUGAUGUAUACCGAAAGUACACUCCUCGAAUGCUGCGCGCCACUUUCGAUCGCGGGGUGGCAAGAUCGAUACAGAUGACCAACGAGGGAUGCGAUCUGCACACGUUGCGCUUUCGAUACAAACUACUGCCGUGCGUGAAGACUCUUUCGUCGCACCUGCACUCGGCCAUCGAAUUUCUCGCAAAGUCGGGCAUCGUGCACAACGACAUCACGACGAAGAACGUCACCUACAACCGCACGGACGACAGGUUCAGACUGAUAGACUUCGGAUCGGCCAAACUGUUCGACAGAAAGAGUCGGGUGUUUGGCAUACACCCUAAAAACGAAUCGAAACGCAGCGGGUAG